UGGCUGUGCUUUCUGUUCUUCUGAGUAUGUGGGUCCUGGGGCCUAGACUCAUAUACUCCAUCAAGAGUCCCCCACUCUCUAAGCUGAAAUGUAGACGAAGUGAGGGAGAAUAGAUUUCUGUGCUUGAUGCUUCUUGGCCGAUGCGGGACCACGUUGGCUGUUCCCUGUCGCGGCGUUUGGUGGCCCUGUUCUGAGUUUGGCCGUUGCCUGCCCCCUGAUGCGGACGGGGAAGGCUAUUGUUCCUUUGAUGCGCUUUGUUUGUUGGAUGAUGAGUGUUCUGGCACGAGUGGUCGAUGAAGGUAGUGUCUAUCCUUGGUUGUUGACUAGGUAAGUUUCCCUUUUGGGCUAGUGAGGCCGUAGGGGUUGCGUCUUUGUUUUGGGUGGCCGAUGAGGGCACUGCGCAUUCCUUUUGGUCGUUGUUGAUGAUGCCCUGUGUUUUUGGACGACCAGACGUCAUAUUGCCCAAGGUUUUGGGAAUGAUAACACUGUCUGGCCGGAGAUGAAGUUGUGAGGACCUCGGGGCCGUUGCGGUACAUGGACGACAGUGAUUUAGGUAUGUUAACCUUUCUUUUGAUUCCUGGCUUGAGAGUGAUGUGUGGUUCCAAGGCCGAUAAGUGUCUUGUGAUAUCAUGAUGUUAUGGACGUUGUGGUGCAUGUCUGAUGUUGUAGUUGUGGACUUGGUGUAUUUUUGGAUUUCUUUUGAUUUUGCCUGUUAUUCUUGAGGCCGAUGUAGUCCCCCAGUCCCCCACUGCUUCAGGCCGAAGAGUGAGUGAGGGGUGAGGGAGUAGAUUGAAACUUAGGCCGGAGUGGGAUCCUCAUACUGCCCUUGAAUCCAACCCUUUGGCGAUUUCCUGAUCAAGGUAACCCUGUGGGAGAACCCUUGGACGCAGGUCGCUUUCAAAGGGUUAUCAUCAAGGGUUUAGUGCGAGGGCCUCAUGGCCGUUAUGUUCCUUUCCUUGGGGGUAUUGUGGCCGUCUGGAUGGCCGAUACGGGUGCUGUGGGGUAACCGUUGUCUGUUGUUGGCCGUUGAGUGCCAUGGCCGUUGUGGGUGUUAUUCUCCCCUUCCCCGUUCCGUAGAGCCUGCUUUGCCAGUGGGCUUUUGAUCUGUGGGUUGGGCUUGGCCCAUUAAUGACGUGGUGGCGUCCCGUUGGUGGCCGUUGGUGUGGCCACUCGGAGGGUGCCACGUGUAGUGACCGUUAGGUAGGGGGUUCUAUAAAUACCCCUCUCUAUUCGACGAGAGCUCUCAUUUGCGAUCUGAGCUAUCGAAGUGCUGGCCAAAUUCCUAGAGAGAUAAACUUCCAAGCUUGUGUUCUUCGUGUUCUUCGUGUUCUUCAAGGUUAGUGUUCACCGAAAUCUCUCUGUACUUUGCAUAUUUUGCUUCCUAGGCUAGUGAUCUAGUGUUAGGCGUUUGGACACCCUUAGAUCUCGAAGUAGGUUGCAGUAUACUCGAAAUAGUGUUUUAAGAUGAAAGACUUCAACGAAGAGUAUACUACCCUUACGACGACGAGCCCUCCACCAAGUCCCUUGACUAUGAAGUGGUCGAGGAGUUCUGUGAAGAGCUUGAGAAUCUGAGCUCGUUCAAGUCCGGGGAGCAGGAUGAUGAGGACGGUGAGGACGAGGGGUCUGCGUCAUCGUCUGGAGGUGGGGACGUAGGGGUCUCCCGAACUGCUGAUGGGGCGUCCACGUCGGCUGCCAUCCCAUGCCCAAAACCGGUGUCUGCUGUGAAGGGUGUUGCGCCGCCGAAGAGGGUGAGGAGGCCGAAGAGAGGGCCAGCCUUCUCGUACUUGGAUCUGAUGAAUAUCUACAUUAUCAGGCCGCAGAGUAAUGCGGGUGAAUACCUGGUUGCACAGAUGUAUGUGGGGCCGUAUGGUAGGGUGAGGCCCCCCAGGCCGACGGACCAUGUCCUUAAUCCACCCCCGGGCUACUUUGGAGUGUACCCGAUGAGUUUUGCCAAAGGACUUCGGUUCCCGCUUCAUCCCUUUAUCACCGAGUACCUAGAUAUGGUGGGGCUCCCUCCGGCCUUGUUGACGCAGAAUAGCUACUUGCUCAUCGUCGGCUUCCUCUUGCGGUGUGCUGAAUUGGAUUUCAGGCCGACGACGGCGCUGUUUAUGAACCUAUACCAGAUAGGCCGCGGAAGUCAUCAGAACUGUGCGUCGUAUGCCACUCUCCAACAACUCCCCAAGAAAAGAAGUUUCACAGACCUGCCGACGUCCAUCCAUGGUUGGAAAGGGAAGUUUGUGUUCAUAUCGUUGGGUGAAGGGGGUGUAGAGUUUCCUUCCGUCGGCCACAAUGGACGGUUUAAUCUUCAUGACACGUCGAGGAGCUCCAUCCUGGACGCUCAGGUUGAGGCUUUCCUGAAGGGAGGGCCGAGGAGUGUGAAGACGUACAUUACCGAGUACAAAAUGGCCACCCUCGACUUCGUACGGUAUUUUGUGUAUGGUGACAAUGACGACGAUGUGGAGUUGUGGCCGAAGAUGACCACGUCUUAUGAGGAGGCUGAUGGUCCCGAUCUGGGGGUGCCAGCUGAGGACGAUGGUUUUGUCAUGGAUCGUAUGUCCUUCAUGAAGAGGGCACAACUUAAGGCGGCCGAGGAGUUGAAGGCCCAACAGCCUGGUGCUGCCCCUGCGGCCAAGCCCCCAGUGCAGCCGAAGAAGAAACGGCAGGCCGAUGAGGGCCAAAAGAAGUUGACUGAGGCGGGACUAAAGCCUGCCAAGAAGUCGAAGAGAGCUUCCCCUGCUGGUGAUGUCGGGACGUCGCCUGUUCCCUCUGGGGACGGGGGGUUCCAAUGUUGAUGCUUUGGUGGACCACCCUUCGGGCCUUUCGUCCACCACCCUGUCCACCGUUCCUGCUGCCGUAACGGCCACCCGAAAGAAAGGGUCCGGCCGAGAGCUGGUCAAAGGGACCUACAAGCUUGAGGUGGAGUACCCUGUCAAAGGGGGGCUGUUCAACGAGAUCGUUGACGGCCACUAGGUGAUCUCCCAGGCCAUCCCUGACGAGGACCGGGCUUACCUGAAGAAGCUCGGCCAUGUUAAGAUGUACGAUGGUGGAAUGGACCACAUCGUCCAAG